AUGGCCUUUCAACGGCUGGGAGACGCUGGCCUCUCGGAAUUAGGGCUCUCCAAUCAAUCUCUCGCUUAUGGAGUCCAUGGAAUGUCUGCCCCAUCUAAUUUCUUGUAUUACUCCUCAAUUCCCUCAUUCUUCAUGCUUUCGCUCUUUUUUCCUCAUCGUCUUCCUCUCCCUCCAUUGCAGUCGUCGCUGGCCUUCUUUCUUCUCCUCUAGACGUUGUUCCCCUUCUUCCUGUAAUUGUUUCUCUUGUAGUCCAUAAUCAUCAUCGCCGUCAUCAUCCUAUGGACAUUAUUACCUCCUCUCUUCUGUUUCUUCGUCGUCGUCGUCGUCGUCGCCAAUAUCAUCUUCUUCUUUCUCCUCUAGUUGUGGAUCCUAUUGUCCAUCUCUCCUGGAAAAACGUAAAGUUGCACGGGAAAUAUUAACGCGAAAUCAUACCCCAUUGACUUCACCCUCUUCUCGAAACCCAACUAUUCGUAUCAUUUGGUUUGGCGAUGCCAUUUGAUAAAACCUGCCAUCGAAUAAGCGGCAUCACCGCUCCAUCUCUACGGCCCGUUCAGCCGCCUCUCUUGCACCGUUAUCUCCCUCUUCCAGUACUUUCUCAUCGUUUCGUGCCCCUCCAUAGCCUCUUUCUUUUUCGGCAAAAUUCCUAGUUCCACUAACUAAUUAUGCUGUUGUCGUGAUGGAUCAGCGACCAGGAAGGUUCUUCCUACAUUGGGGAGCUCGAGGAGGCUCUCAUGCAAGGAGUUGUUGGCGCAAGAGCUGACGCAGACAGAAAAUGUUGGCCAUCUUUCUUUCUUCCUCCCUCUUUCUCUUUCGUUCUCUCUCUCUCUCUCAAGCUAUGUAUCUUUCUCUAUUCCUACCCCAGUUCCUAUCCCUAUCCCUAUCUAUCUAUCUAUCCAUCCAUCCAUCCAUCCAUUCAUCUAUGCAUCCCUCCCACCGUCUUUCUCUCUCUCUCUCUCAAACGCAGACAUGGUAACAAUGUCAAGGUAGGAGGUUGGCACUUGCUCGCGACUAAUCAUCGGAAGAAUGAGAGUCCAACUGGUGCAAGCGCGCGCAUGGACAUAAGAGACUCUCUCCCCCCUACGUAGCUUUACUUUCCAAAGCCAAACACCCCCCCCCCCGUCCCCUUCAUCUACCUGUACGAGCUUCCCUUUUGGAGCCUAACUGGUACGAGCUUCGCUUUUGGAGCCGGCGGCUGCCUCACAUCAGCUCGUCUCCCUUCUUUCUUGCAGCCCUCCUCCAGGCCAGGCCUCCCCCUACCCUGGAGAUUUUCCCCUCGUGGCCUAUGAGCUUCCAAAGCGCGCCAAGAGUAAGAUUACGAUCGCGAUCACUGAUAUUUCCCCCUUCUUUUUCCUCAUCAAUUAGGGUUUUAUUUAUUUAAUGAGUGCAACAGGGGAACUCGCAGUCGAGUACAGAUUCUGGGUCAGCUCAGAGGAUCACUGUUUCAUCAGCUCCUACGGAUCCAGAGUCUCCAGUGAGUAGGAAGGCUCCCCCCGAGUGGAAACAGCGAGGGAUGGCCGGCUCUGCAGGAAGAACAGUGACAUCUACUGUUGAGAAUCAUCAGCCCAAGCCCCCAAAAAAGGUAAGAUUUAAGUGAGAGUCUAUCCAAUGUGGGUACUGUUCGAUCGUCGUCUUCCUUAAUAACUGCCUAGUUUUGCCUUCAUGGUGCCCUCGCCUCUAGGGCAUCAGAGGGAGGGCAAAGCCAGGAGCCCGGCUGGCCGAGGUUCUCCUCCGGGCUGAGUCCAGGUUUCUCUCUCCUUCCUCCCAUCUCUCACUCUUUUCUCUCUACGAGAGAAGGGCCGGACCCGGGCCUUACUAGAGUCCGGCAUCAUCCCGUCUUUCGGGCGUUUUCUCCGGACCCGUAGGAGACUCAGCCCGGCCCGUUGACGUCCAUGCCGAGAUCUCAAUGACCGGUGGUGGUUGUAUCAGUCUGCGGUGGCAGUGUUUGACCACAAAUUACAGUGACGAGCCAACACAGACUCCAAGAAGGACCGGAUGUCUCUUUUAGACGACUAUUUACCGGAGAUGGCUCUAGGUCAUGGUUCAAGCUCACCCCAUUCUUUACGAGUUUGACCGGAGGGGAGCCAAGAACUGCAGAAACAGUGGAUCGUCAACACAAAUACCAAGAAGGGUGAAAUUUUAUAUUGCUUUAGCGGAUAUUUGACGUCCUUCUGAAUUCUUUUCCUUCUUGGUCCUUCAUGCCCGGCUUUAAUCUACGCCUGUUUCUCGACUCGCUUCCUGAGAUUUGAGUGUUUACGGCUGGCUAUCCGUAUUCUGUCCAUUUGGCCACGUGCUUCUCCCUCUCGUUUGCUGCAGAGCUGAGGUAGGCAUGAGAUAAAAUACAGAUCUUGAGAGAGAGAGAGAGAGAGAGAGAGAGAGAGAGAGAGAGAGAGAGAGAGAGGGAGUCAGUAACCCACUCGUUGUUUUUGAUCUUGCAGAGAAAAGAUGUAGAAAAAGAUGGGAGGCCACUGGAUCCUAAGGUCAUACUCGAACCUUCGUUUGAUCUCUCUCCCUCUCCCUCUCUCUUGGAGUCGAUGCAUGCACGUGGUAUGCAAACACAUGUACCACGCGCGAGCUGCUCAGCAUCUGAUUACACUCGAUGAUAUCUAUCUUCAUACCUCAUCUGUUUUCCACAGACGUUGAGGCGGUUGGCACAGAACCGAGAGGCGGCGAGGAAGAGCCGUCUGAGGAAGAAGGUGUCCCCACAUCUCUCAACCUUCUCAGUCACUCUCCCUCUCCCUCUCUCUCUCUCUCUGUAUAGAUAUACAUACAUAUAUAUAUAUAUAUAUAUCAUUCUAUGUAUCUAUCUAGUAAUCUCUGUCGCCAUCUGUCUGCGCAUGUGACCGACGGCGUGUCGUUUAAAGGCUUACGUCCAACAGCUGGAGACUAGUAGAGUGAAGCUUGCUCAGUUGGAGCAAGAUCUUCAGAGAGCACGCUCGCAGGUUCAGCCCACGUCGAUCCUUCACUCAGAGAUUUUCUGCGGACUAAUAUGUUCAGAAUCUGAUUUCAAUACCUCUUGGUGGAUCGGCGGCCAGGGUUCUUUCUUCGGAGGAGGAGGUGCAGGUGGGAAUGUCUUCAGCUCCGGUAGGAACUUCAUAAACCCUAAUGAUCAUAUGAAAUCCAGUGGUUGUUGUUGUCUUGACGCGUAUUUCUCAGGUGCGGCAAUAUUCGAUGUGGAGUACGCCCGGUGGCUGGAGGACGACGACCGGUACAUGGCGGAGCUCCGGCGAUGCCUGCAGGCUCGGUUGCCGGACGGCGACCUUCGAGUGGUCGUCGACGAGUGCCUGAACCACCACGACGAGAUCUUCCGGCUGAAGGACGUCGCCAUGAAAUCGGACGUCUUCCAUCUCAUCAGCGGCGCUUGGGCGACGCCGGCGGAGCGGUGCUUCAUGUGGGUCGGCGGCUUCCGGCCAUCAGAAAUCCUCAAGGUCUCACUCUACGCGUGAAACAAGAACUUGUGCUGGUCUCCAAGCGUGAAGAAGACUUGUAGGCUGUAACCUGAUCUCAUGGAUGUGGUGAGAGCAGAUAUUGACUCCUAAGCUGGACCCGUUGACGGAGCAGCAGCUGGUGGGAAUAGGAAGCCUGCAGCAGUCUUCCCAGCAGACCGAGGAGGUGCUUUCUCAGGGCCUUGACCAGCUCCAGCGCUCUAUGGCGGAAGCGGUGGCCGGGGAGCUCCUGUGCGACGGUUUAAACGUCGGCAACCACGUGAACCAGAUGGCCGCAGCCCUAGGAAAAGUCUUCGACCUCGAAGGAUUCCUCCGACAGGUGCUCUCUGUCUUUCUCAAUCUCUCCAUAUAUAUAUAUCACCGUCUGUUCCUCUUUCUUUCUUAAUCUCUCCUCUCUCUCUCUCUCUCUACGUAAUCAUCUAUCCGUCUACUAACCUACCCCUCUCCCUCCCUCUCUCUCUCUCUCUCUCUCGAUCCGUAUCUGCCUGCCUACCCAACAACCCUACAUCUCUCUCUCUCACACACACACACUCAAUCUUUCCGCAUCCCUACCUACCUAUCUAUGCCAACUCUCUUUUCUCUCUCCGCAUCAUAUACCUAUCUACUCAUUUAGCUACCCUCCUCUAUCUCAUCCUUGCUCAUCAUAUACCUGUCCGUCCACCUAUAAGCCUAUUUUCCUCCCUCCCUCUCUCUCUCUCUCUCUCUCUCUUUCUCUCUCUCUCUCGCUGUGUAUCUCCUAGUUUCCUUGCAUGUCCCUUUCUAGCUAUCUGCCGUCUGUGGGGAGGAUUAUUUCUUGCGGAUAAACGGUUGCAUUCAGCCGAGAGCCAUAACCACCUUGUCCUACAUGGAUAAGAUAAAACACACAUUCAUGUCAUCAUAUCCGCUUCAAAGCCUCCUGAAAUUCUCAGACCUUCCUCAUCCAUUAUUGAUGAUACUUGCCUCUCUCUCUCUCUCUCUCUCUCUCUCUCUCUCUAUCUCUCUCUAUCUCUCUCUAUCUAUCUAUCUAUCUAUCUAUCUAUCUAUCUGUCCACAUACAUGUUCCCAUAUCCAUCUCUCUAUCUAUCUAUGAUAGAUGCGCGUCGAGGGGUGGGUGCAACGGCGUUGAGCCAGCGUUUCAGAACCAUCCCCCGCACAAAUUCUCAAAACUACUCCCCGAUCCGGGCAUUCCUUCGUCCAGAGGGCAGUUUUCUCUCUCAUCUCCUCUCCUCUCCUCCCACCUUCCCCUCCAUCGCCGCAGAUCCUAUCCAAGGGCCACGGUUGACCCACUCUCAGAGCCAAUGACUUGGCUCACUGCCCACCGGUGGUCCCGUCCCAUCUGGCCGGACCACCAUCUCUUCCAACAGUACUCUCCAUGCGAUCAGAGUAAUCUUCCCUACGAACCAAGCGUGCACGCAUAGAACACGUAUAGAAGAAAGCAUACAUAGCUGCUUCAUGCUGCAUUAAUGACGAUCUUGAGCUUGUCUUCAGGCCGAUAACCUGAGGCAGGAAACCCUACACCAGAUGCGGAGGAUUCUGACCAUCCGGCAGGGCGCGAGAUGCUUCCUCGCCAUCGGAGAGUACCACAGCAGGCUUCGCUCUCUCAGCUCCCUCUGGGCCUCCUCCCGCCCCGAAGAGUGAGUCGUCUGUUCCUCCCUCUGACCUCACGUAUUUUCCCGCAUUAUCCACCGCCGGCAUCUCACAGAUGCCAUUUUUAGAUUAUAUCUGCGAUUAUUUUGAUGCAUGAGAAUCUAUGAUUUUAGCCCAUUUUAGGGUUUGAUCGGUGGGUAUGUGUUCUUCACCGGUAGGGCCUCGCUCGGAGAUGACGGCGCUCGCCACACUUCCGCCACCGACAUGCAGGUUGUUCAUCAGCACCCACAGGGCCAUUUCUCGCCCUUUUGA